AUUCAGUCAGGCACAUCUGCCCCUGUCCUCAUGUGUCCCUGCACCCUCACUCAGCCACUCCUCAUCUCCAUGUGGCACUGCACCCCCCCAUUCAUCCCCUGCCCCAGUCAGUCCCUCCACUAGCCCUUCUGAACCCCAGUCUAUGUGACCCACCCAGCAGCCACAUGUGCCCCACUCUGUCUCCCCCUCACCUGUAUCCCAUGCCUCCUGACCUGGCCCCGCGGACAGAGCUCUGUGAGAAACGCAGCCUCUUCUCCUCUCUAUCAGCUGCUGAUUGAUUGAUAUGGCCAGUGAGCUGGCUGCCCUCUGUUCUGGUGCCACAGCAUUCCCUGGUGGGUGAAAGGCGUAACUGCAGUGCCUCUCCAGCAGAAUGUAUUUUCUGCUGAGAAAAAAAAAUCUGCAGGGGACAUGAAUUCUGCACAUGCACAGUGGUGCAGAAUUCCCCCAGGAGUAACUUCUCUUAUUGAAGGCACACAGCCUUGUGCCUCCCAGCCUCCCAUAGGAGAGCAUCAAUAUCUUACUUAGGCCAUGUCUGCAAUUCAAAAUUAUGUCAACCUGACUUCGGCACAGAGUCACUGCAGUUAUUAAAUCACUUGUGUGUGUGCACACUUGGCUCUUUGUGUCAGCAUUGUGCCUCCUUACCAGGAGUGCUUGUAUCAAUUGUUUUGUCAGUGUGGGACAGCUCCUGAAAGUCAAUAACAGUCGACAUAAGCAUAACUACAUCAAUAUUGACUGUAUGCCACUCAGGGAGGCAGUGUUACUAAAUCGGCAUAGAGAGGCACUUAAGGUUGUGGGAGCCAAAUUUAAGUGAGGACAUUUCCACAGCUAGGUUGAUGCAAGACAGGUUACAUUGACCUAACCUUGUAGUGUAGACCAGGCCGAAAGAACACCCAAGUUACUUAUUGCUAUGUUAUUACACACGUACCACAAGUGGGGUAUCACUGGAUUUCAAAAGAGGCUCUACUGCUUUUUUGCUGAAUCUCUCAAUACAGUGUAAGGCUAUUGAGAAAUUCUGUUUUAUGUAAAUUAAAGGACUUUUUCAACACUAGCAAAGUUCAUGUGAGUCCUCCCCCCACCCUCCCCGUAAAAUAUGGAACUGGAACAGAAACCUUAGAUGUCAGGAAUUUGCUCAAAUGUAUUUCUACUAUUCUACAAAACAUGUUACUUUGGGGAAAAAUACCAGUUCAGUCUUUUUAAUAGUCCCAUUCUGCCCAAUCAAAAUCAAAUGAGGGUAGUACGUGUGUGUGUGUCUAUAUAUAUACAUACAUAUAUAUAUAUAUAUGGCCACCAUAAAUAAUGCAAAAAAAGACUUGACAAGUUGUUUUUUUCCUUUGCAUCUUCACUUGUUUUUGUUCCAAUAUGUUUGAUUAAUUUGCUGUGGAUAUUUUAAGCUGGAUCAGCAUUGGGUUUGCUUUGUACAAUGGUGGGAAAACUUAGACAACCGAAUGUGCCAGGUAAUGAACAAGAGUUGUAAACUGUUACAAGGGGCUAGUAUAGUUAACAGAAGCUUAUAUUAUAAACUUGCUGAUUUUUUUUAAAUCAUGCCUUCACCACAGAAAUGGAGGAGGGAUAAAAUAAAUCACUGUAACUCUAUUAACCUCCCAGGAUUUUCCCCCUCAAACAAUGUGUAAACCUCAUACAAUUAGUCAUAAUUUAGCUGCUUUGAAAUUGUUUAUUAAAAGUACCCCCAUUUGUUUCCAUAGAUAAUCAGUGCAUAUGCUAUGAAUAGAGAUGCCAUAGGAUAUUCCCCAACAAUCAAAAUCUCUGGACCUUACUGAAAGAGCUAAUGUUUUGUUAUAGUUGUAGCCAGUGAUAAAUGUUUGCUGCAGCUCCUGGAAGACAAUGCGUUUUAAAAUGUUACACUGAUUUUUGGAUCUACUUUAGGAGUGCAUAUUAUAAAAUUGUUCUUUAUCCCUUCAAAAGCAGCACUUCCAGGAGUAACCCCCUUUCAUGUCAGGAAGGAAUGAAGUGCAGUCGUGGACAACAGCUGUCAACCAAUCCUUACAUAUGGUGUGGCAAAAAAUAAAGAGACAACUAAUAUUAGUCAUGUCUUUUCUCCUUGCUGCUCUCUGGUAUUGUAGAAGGCUCUAUGCGUACUUAGCACAGCUGUUGAAAUGGUGGAGUAGAUAUCUGCAGAGAAAAUUCAAAAAGAACCUCAGUGUACUGGCAGAAGUUGAUCUGCUUGGUUAUUGUGCAAGAGAAUGGAAAGGAGAAACCAAGCAGGCCAAGCAGAUGAAGGCGGCUUAUGAAGAACUGUUUUGGAAACACCAUAUUAAAUAUAUACGACAAGUCAGAAGAGAUAACUACUGUGCAUUAAGAGCUGUGCUGUUUCAGGUAUUCAGCCAGGGCAUUUAUUUUCCAUCAUGGAUGAAGGAGAGAGACAUUUUAAAGCUCCCUGAAAAGCUUCUGUAUUCACAAGGCUGCAACUGGAUUCAGCAAUAUAGUUUUGGACCAGAAAGAUACACAGGCGCCAACGUAUUUGGAAAAUUACGUAAAUGUAUGGAAACAUUAAAGACACAGUGGACUGAAAUAAGUGGUGUUAAAGACCACGACGAAAGAGGAAACAUGUGCAAUAUCCUUUUCUCCGAUGAAAACAAGGAAUAUAAGCUGUAUGAGGCUAUAAAAUUCAUCAUGCUUUACCAAGUUGUGGAAGCCUAUGAACAGAUGAAGAAUGAGCAGAAACGUGUACCCGUCCUUUUUAGCCUCCUUUUUGCUCGUGAUACGUCAUCUGACCCUUUGAGUUUUAUGAUGAAUCAUCUGAAUUCCAUAGGGGACACGGGUGGUCUGGAGCAGGUUGAAAUGUUUCUUCUUGGAUAUUUACUUGAAGUAAAUAUAAGAGUCUACAGACUGUAUAAGUUUAACACUGAAGAGUUUCAAGUAAACUAUCCAGAGGAGUAUCACAGGGACUGGCAGGAAGUCUCUCUUCUGACUGAGGAUGACCAUCACUAUCACAUCCCCAUUAUUAGAAUAUAAGACUGAUUUCUAACUAUGCAGUAGAAGAAGUGACCAUCUCCAGCAAAUUAUCACCUUUAAGCCAAGUCCUUUGCCAGCAACAGUAGGAUUUCAAGUAACAUAAAAUAAUGACUACAGGACACACAGAUUUAUUAUGUUAACUUCUUGCUUGCUUGUACUGACCCAUAUCACCUGUGAUCUGCCUCAGAAAAACACAAAAUACAUAAUCAUACAAUCAGGACAAACUGGCAUAUUAAGGUUCUCAAAUAAAAAAAAAUGGUAAAUCACCUGUGAGAAAACAUUAUCACUAGAUAGUUGAUAGUCACUUGUUGAGCUAAGUCCAAAACACGUGUUGUACAUAAACUUACAAUGUCAAAUGAUACCUAUUCUUUGUUUAAGAAGGGUGCUUCAGCCACUGACUUGGGAGAGAAACAAAGGCAAUAAUAAAAAUAAAUAACUUGCAAUAUAGCUUUACUCAAUAUAUACUCUUCCCCCUGCUCUCCCCGCAUCCCUUCUUUUUGGAAGGGUCAGAUUUUGAUGUUAUCUAUCAAAAGUACGUAAAGGAUUUUCUUUGCAAUUGGUUUGAGAAGGCUGUGCACUUCAGUGCAUUUACAAAUACUGGCUUUUCACAAAAAUGUUAACUCUCUGUACAUUAUAUAUACAUUUAGCAGGACUCACAUUUCCUAAGCUUUUUUGUAUAUACGAUUUAAUACCUUUGAGUUACUUUUCUUAAUCUUGACAUCAAGGUUACUUCUAGUUUUUGAGGGUCUUAAGAAGUAUCCAGUAUAACAAGCAAAUUAUCUUAGGUGGGAACUGCUAUUUCACCACACUUUAUGUUCAUUAAAAAGAUGACUACUAGGAAGGAAGGGAAAUGCCAGAUACAUUAAAAAAGCAAGAAUUGCUGUCUUGAAUAAGGAGCUUUACACAUUCCCCUCAUUCUAAGAAACUGAACUGCAGUUCCACCAUUUUAUAAAAUUAGGAAGCUUAACUUUAAUGAAAAUUAAAGUGAUAACAGUUUAGCAAUAUGUUUAUUUGUGGCACAUGAACAUCAUCAUACAUAAGGCUGCGAGUUUGUCAUGGAGGUCACGGAAGUCACAGAUUCUGUGACUUUGUGGGACCUCCAUGACUUCUGCAGCUGCACCGUCGGGGAGGGAGUGAGGGCUCUGGGUGGCACUUUCCUUGG